AAACUUUUCACUCUUUAUUAUCUCUUAGUCAAUGAAAUAGUGUGCUUCCUAUACUAUAAAGGCAAAGCAUAGUCAAGAAAAUAAUAAGAAUAAAAAUGGCAGUAUUUCAUAUCAACGUGUUUCUGUUACUCUCUCUUUUAACCAUCACCAUUGUUACUCCUAUGAAUGGUUUUAAACCUCUUGGUGUUCAUGAAGUUUCUGAUUUCAACCGGAGCAGUUUUCCCAAAGGCUUUGUUUUUGGAACAGCCUCUUCUGCAUAUCAGUAUGAAGGUGCAGCAUUUGAGGGUGGAAAAGGACCAAGCAUUUGGGAUAACUUCACUCAUAAAUAUCCAGAGGGAAAGCUUAGCGGAGGUGUAAAUCCUGAAGGAAUAAAGUACUACAACAAUCUCAUCAACGAAUUAUUGGCUAAGGGUUUGCAACCAUAUGUGACACUUUUUCAUUGGGACGUUCCCCACGCUUUAGAGGAUGAGUAUGGCGGUUUUUUAAAGCGUCGCAUUGUAGAUGAUUUUAGAGACUAUGCUGAACUUUGCUUCAAGGAAUUUGGUGAUAGAGUGAAACAUUGGAUUACUAUAAAUGAACCAUGGAGUGUGAGCAUGAAUGCUUAUGCAUUCGGAAAGUUCGCACCGGGUCGAUGUUCAGAUUGGUUAAAUCUGAAUUGCACAGGAGGUGAUUCAGGGACAGAACCAUAUUUGACUGCACACAACCAGCUUCUUGCUCAUUCUGCUGCUGCAAAUUUGUACCGGAUCAAAUAUAAGUCAUCUCAACGAGGCAUAAUAGGGAUUACCUUAAUCUCACACUGGUAUGAGCCGGCCACUAUAGCGAAGGCCGAUGUUGAUGCUUCAAAACGAGGUCUCGACUUCAUGUUUGGAUGGUAUAUGAAUCCGCUUACAAGAGGCGAAUAUCCAAAAAGCAUGCGAACUUUGGUGGGAAAGAGAUUACCAAAGUUCUCAAAAGAAGAGUCAAGGGAACUUAAGGGGUCUUUUGAUUUUCUAGGCCUAAACUAUUACUCGUCCUACUAUGCUGCUGAUGCACCUCACCUUCGCAAUGCCGCGCAACCGGCCAUACAAACUGAUUCUCUUAUUAAUGCUACAUUUGAACAUAAUGGCAAGCCUCUCGGUCCAAUGUCUGCUUCAAGUUGGUUAUGUAUUUAUCCAAAAGGACUUCAUAAUCUUUUGCUUUACACCAAGAAAACGUACAAGGACCCUGUAAUUUACAUUACUGAAAAUGGUCGUGAUGAGUUCAACGAUCCAACAUUAUCUCUUGAAGAAUCUCUCUUAGAUACUUAUAGGAUUGAUUACUACUAUCGUCAUCUUUACUAUCUUGAAACUGCAAUUAGGGAUGGUGUGAAUGUAAAGGGAUAUUUUGCAUGGUCAUUGUUGGAUAACUUUGAAUGGGAUUCUGGCUUGAGCUUGAGAUUUGGACUCGUCUUCGUUGAUUUUAAGGACGAUCAGAAAAGACACCCAAAACUUUCUGCUGAAUGGUUCAAGAAUUUUCUCGUUAAAUCUGUAGAUGUUUUUGAUUGGCUGCAUUUUGUGUUAAAACAAUUACUGUACUUAGAUGUCUUGACUGAUGUCAUGACAUGCUUAAGUAGUAUGCUGCAGGAUUAGCUAAUACAGGAUUUACUGAAUGUCAAACUGGAUGUUAUGACAUUCAUCCCUGACAGCAGAUACUGAAUUAUAGACUAAUCAGUUUUUCUGUUAUAGUUCAGUAUUUAGUUCAGGCUGAUUUUCUGUUAUGACAGUCAUUCAUAACAGCAGUCUCUGAAUGUCAAACUGAAUGUUAUGACAUUCAUUCCUGACAGGCCAGUUAGUUUUUCUGUUAUUUAUCACAGGCUGAUUUUCAGGAAAUUAAGAGCAGGCUGAUUUUCUGUUCUGUUAUGACAGUCAUUCAAUACAGGAUUUACUGAAUGUCAAACUGAAUGUUAUGACAUUCAUUCCUGACAGCAGAUACUGAACUAUAGGCUAGUU